AGGGCUGCACUUCCCAAGGGGCUGGCGCUUUCACAGCAUCAUCAGACAGGCUCCAGCCCCUCUGCAAUCCCGCCACUCAUGGAGAAUCACGAGCGCUGGCAAUGCGGAGUAGCAGGACAAUCUGAUCUAAGAAUCCUUCUUGUUGGUAAAACUGGAGCUGGAAAAAGUGCAACAGGAAACAUGAUUCUUGGUGCUGAAAAAUUUCUUUCGGAUAUCUCACCCUCUUCAAUUACGCAGGAUUGUGAGAGACAGGAAGCAGUUGUUAAUGAGAGGAAAAUUACAGUGGUUGAUAGUCCUGGCCUUUUUGACAGUAAAAAAAGUAACGAAGAGACUUGCCAAAAAAUACGUGAGUCUGUUAAACACCUCUCUCCAGGAUUCCAUGCCAUUAUUCAUGUCAUACAGCUGGGUCGUUUCACCCAAGAAGAAAAGGACGUGGUGAAGGAGAUACAAAGGGUUUUCAACUUUAAAGCAAAGAAAUACAUGAUCAUCCUGUUCACCCGAAAACAAGAUUUAAGGAACAAAACACUGGACGAGUUCUUAUCAGCGGGUGACAAAGAUCUUCAAAGUCUGAUACAGACUUGUGGAAACCGACGCUUGGCUUUCAACAAUAAAGCCGAAGGAACAGAAAAGUCUGCUCAGGUUUCUCAAUUGCUUGAAAUGAUUGAUGAGAUGGUGUGUGGAAACUGUGAAUGGCCCUGUUAUACUAAAAAAAUGUUUGAGAAUGACAGGUCAUCUCUCCAAAGUUUUUGUUCUAUACUCUAAUUGAUUACAAUCAGCCGAGACAGGGGUUUAUUGUAGUUUUUACCAUUUUAAAAUGAGGUUUGGAACACUUGUUUAAUGUUAAGGCUUUUAUUGGUAUAAAAAUCUU